CCAACAAGGGUCCUCGGAGCAUGUGGCUCAAGUAUAUGUACGAAUUCCACCGACCGUGUUUGUAUGAAGCUCUCGCGAUGAGGGCGUUCUCGUACCACCACCAUGCAGCUACGCCAGUAGAGGGACAUGCCCGACUUGUCUUGCCGGAGACAGACGAGGAUUUGGAAGUCGCUCCAAAAUACAACCCUCAUCUGCUGCAACUAGACACCCUCUCACGCCCUUUUUUAUGCUUUCCUCCCCACCCCUUGGCCCUGCACUAUUGGUGUUGCCCGGCAUAGAAGGCUGGUCAAUGAGCGACCUCCCCGUCCCAACUAACUGACAUCCCAUCCUUCAUCUUACCCGCGCCAUCGGUCUGGGCUGUUCAUCCCUGCCGCCUUCGGAUCCAUCCAAAGAUACUGCAGCAACUGUGCUUCGUAGUGGACUUGGCCAUCUGUACUCGUAGGCUCAAAUAUCGGCGGGCUCACGACGAGGGGCCGAAGGCAAUGCCCCGGUUUUGCUUUUCUCAAUGUUGCUUCUGGGAUUAUUUAGCCUGUCCAUCCCCGGUGUAGACUUCAACGUUGUGUCUUUUUCCCCUUCCUUCGUUCCCUCCCUUCCCUGUAGCUCUCUUCACCCAUUACUCCUUCUUCGACGUCUGUUCGCCGAUCUCGAGGCAGGCAAACGUUGAAGAUUCCCGAGGACCCCGUCCGGACACCGCGCACCGAAAUCACUACCCAUUGACCGCUCACGCGCCGGCGCGCAACCGUCAACAUGUCUGCCGGUCUCUACGCCAUCCCCUACAAUGGCACCGAGGGCGAGGCCGACGCCGGCUACUCUGCUGGUGUUGCCGAUCUCAACGUCUUCUAUGAGUCUGGCGACCUGGCCUGGAUCAUGGUCUGCUCGGCGCUCGUGCUGCUCAUGAUUCCCGGUGUCGGUUUCUUCUACUCGGGUCUUGCCCGUCGAAAGUCCGCAUUGUCUUUGAUAUUGAUCUCGAUGAUCUGCGUGGGCGUGGUUGGAUUCCAAUGGUUCUUCUGGGGUUAUACUUUGACCUUCUCUCACACCGGCUCCGUCUUCCUCGGCGACAUGUCAAACUUUGGUCUCAAGGAGGUUGUCGCCCAACCCUCUGUCGGCUCCACCAAGAUCCCUGAUAUUCUCUUUUGUCUGUAUCAGGGCAUGUUCGCCGCCAUUACUCCCGCCCUCGCGCUCGGCGCUAUUGCUGACCGCGGUCGCAUCCUCCCCGCCAUGGUCUUUGCCUUUAUCUGGGCCACCAUUGUCUACGACCCCAUCGCCUACUGGACCUGGAACGCCAACGGCUGGCUGUUCACCCUCGGCUCCUACGACUUUGCUGGUGGUACGCCCGUCCACAUCUCAUCUGGCGCUGCCGCCCUUGCCUACUCAUUGAUGCUGGGCAAGCGCACCGGUUACAACAGCGUCCACGGUCUCCCAUACCGCCCUCACAACGUCACCCACGUCGUUCUCGGAACCGUCUUCCUCUGGGUCGGUUGGUUCGGUUUCAACGGCGGUUCCGCUCUCGCCUCCAACAUCCGUGCUGUUAUGGCUUGCUUCAACACCAACCUUGCUGCCGGUGUCGGUGGUGUCACCUGGAUGCUCCUUGACUACCGUCUGGAGAAGAAGUGGUCCACCAUUGCCUUCUGCUCUGGCGCCAUCGCCGGCCUGGUUGCCAUCACCCCCGGUGCUGGUUUCGUUACCCCCUGGGCUGCCGUCAUCUUCGGCAUUGUCGGUGGCAUUGCCUGCAACUUUGGUACCAAGCUCAAGUUCGUGCUUGGCAUUGACGACGGUCUUGAUGUCUUCGCCGUCCACGGAAUCGGUGGUAUCUGCGGUAACAUACUGACCGGUAUCUUCGCUGCCUCCUACAUUGCUGCCCUCGACGGCGCCUACACCGGCGAGAGCGCGAUUGCCGGCGGUUGGAUCGAGCACCACUACGUCCAGCUCGGCUACCAGCUGGCCGGCUCCGUCGCCGGUUUCGCCUGGUCCUUCACCUUAACCUGCCUCAUCCUCUUCCUGAUGAACCUCGUUCCCGGCCUCAGCCUGCGCGUCAGCGUCGACGACGAGGAUCUUGGCCUCGACGACUGCCAGCUCGGCGAGUUUGCCUACGACUACGUCGAGGUCACCCGCCAUGUUUCGGACAUUGCGCCCAGCAGCAGCCAUGACGGUGCCCCCGGCAGCUCCGCCCACAGCUCAUUGCCUGAGAAGACUGUCUAAGUCUUUGGACAAUAGAACUUUUGCAACUAUCCAUCACUUACAGACUUGCUUGACCGUCGGAAAGUACAUCCACGGCUGGAAAAAAGGGGAAGGCAGUUAUCGUCUAUAAUACUUUUGUUCACAUCUGCUUUGAUACCAACUUGGCACUCGCUUGCUAGAUUUACUAUUAGUCUUUCCGUGGAACAAUUCACGAGAUCAUCUCAUAACGUUCAUCAACAGCCGCC